GCCGCUGUUACACCCCUUCGUGUGUCUUGUGUCGUUUGCCGACGGGCAAUCCUUGCAUCUUAACACCUCAGUUUAAUCGAAGACGUCAUUGCCUUAAGAUAUGGGAAACAGAGACGACGAGUACGAUUUCUUGUUCAAAGUUGUACUGAUAGGAGACUCUGGAGUGGGGAAGAGUAACCUGCUGUCCCGUUUCACAAGGAAUGAGUUCAACCUGGAGAGUAAGAGCACCAUCGGCGUGGAGUUUGCCACCCGCAGCAUCCAGGUGGAUGGGAAGACGAUAAAGGCCCAGAUCUGGGACACAGCUGGACAGGAGCGCUACAGAGCCAUCACCUCAGCGUACUACCGGGGGGCGGUUGGAGCUCUCCUAGUUUACGACAUCGCCAAGCACCUGACGUAUGAGAAUGUGGAACGCUGGCUGAAGGAGCUAAGGGAUCACGCUGACAACAACAUUGUCAUCAUGCUGGUUGGAAACAAGAGCGACCUUCGCCACCUCAGGGCAGUGCCCACUGAUGAGGCACGAGCCUUUUCAGAAAAGAACACUCUUUCGUUCAUUGAGACAUCGGCACUGGACUCCACAAAUGUAGAAGAAGCAUUCAAGAAUAUUUUAACAGAAAUCUACCGUAUCGUAUCGCAGAAGCAGAUAGCGGACAGAUCUGCUCAUGAUGAGUCUCCGGGCAACAACGUGGUAGACAUCAGCGUCCCCCCCACCACUGACGGGCAAAAGGGCAACAAACUGCAGUGCUGCCAAAGCCUGUGACACUCGUCUGACCUUCGCACCUGCCCCUGCCCCUUUCCCUUUUCUCCACCCUUCCCUCCACCACCACCACUCCAAAUCCACCCUGACAGUUCAUCUCCCUCCUCGUUGCCCACUCUCUCUUUGACCCCACAGCACUGCUCCUGGUCAAUGCUCCCCUCAGCUUUUUUUUUUCUCCCUUCAUUCUUGUACAGUUCUUCGUUUUUGUUUCUUAUGAACUCACUUGUGCUCUUCUGUUCUGCCAUGAAAGAAAACACUUAAAAAACAAAAAACAAACAAAAACAAAAAAGCCUUUUAUGCCACUUGGUUAGUCAAGUUAUUCAUGGAGUCAAUGUGAAAGUUCCUGCAAUGUAGGAACGGAGGCGAUUGUUGCUGCCCGGAUGGAGUUUGUGAAAUUUAUUCAACCCUUCUGAAAUGCAGUCGUGCACUUGGGGGGGGGGGGGGGGUCCUGAACAUUUCAGUGGUUACCAUUUCGAUGGUGCUGUGUAAAUAAAACCGCCUGGUAUUCGCUCCACUUGCUGAAGCAGCAUUCUUACCUUGGAAUGUGUCGGAAAGCGCAGUUUGUCUUACUUGUUUUCUCACAACAAUGACAUUACAAUGCCAAAAAUACCCUCCAAUGUGUAUUUAUUGAAAUUUGUUUGGCUUAAGUUUUCAUUGUUUUACUUUCAACAUAAGCACUGUAAAAGAAUUUACAAUAAACUC